UGGUGUAUACUUCAGUAUCGCAAACAAGCUGAUCUGGUCGCGCGGAGUUCUCAGUAACGCCUGUCUGUCCCUUACGGUGGUUUUCCUGCUUCUUUUGGUUCCUGGUGGUGUGCUGCUGGUGGCAGAGUUCAGAGUUCUAUUCUCGGCACUCUAGAGGCGAUUUGAAAUGCAGUUACUACUCUACGCCGUACUCGAAGCACGCUUGUUGUUCUUUUGCAGAGAAAGUUCACGGACUACCACCGUUCCUGGCCGUAAAUGGUUUUCUGGCCACCUUGCGAUCCAAACGCGACAAUCGAAAAGCAUCACAAAGGCAGCCGGAACUGCCCUUUGCUGCCGGUGUGCCGGAUAAAAGUACGGCACCACGAUAGGUGCAUAGUGGUAGGUGAAAAACUCAGCUCAGCUGAGAAGUUGUGAAAACUUUCCUCUCCCGUGUACGCACACAACCGCCCCUCGGGCCCGUCUGUGGCUCUCGCGGAAAAAGGGAAAACAGUCAUGAGUGAGGAUGGUGCAGCGACAACUAGCAACAAAACGGCGGAAACGAUGAACAACGAUCAGCAGCAGCAACAGCAGGAUAAGCGUAAGCACAAAGUGAUCAUAGUAGGUGCCGGCAUGGCAGGACUCUCGUCCGCGAACCACCUGGCGAAGAACGGCUGCACGGAUUUCCUCAUACUCGAAGGGCGCAACCGUGUCGGUGGUCGCAUCGUUUCGAUCGAUAUGGGAUCGCAGAAGAUCGAGCUCGGUGCCAACUGGAUCCAUGGCGUCCUUGGCAACCCAAUGUUCGAGCUAGCGAUGCAACACGGACUGAUCAGCAUUAUCAACAUACCAAAGCCGCACAAGGUGGUAGCAGCGACGGAGGACGGCAAACAGGUACCGUUCCAGAUACUGCAGGAAAUCUACGAAGCGUACGUGUGCUUUCUGCGGCGCUGCGAGGAGUACUUCCUGUGUCAGUAUCUACCACCGCCCGACAUACACAGUGUCGGCGAGCACAUUAAUCUGGAGGUGGAGCUGUACCUAAACGGCGUCGACUGCCAGAAGGAGAAGCAUCUGCGGAAGCUCAUCUUUGACUGUCUGCUAAAGCGCGAAACGUGCAUCACCGGGUGCCAUAGUAUGGACGAGAUCGAUCUACUCGAGCUUGGCAGCUACACGGAGCUACAGGGCGGCAAUAUUGUGCUACCGUCCGGGUACAGCUCCAUUCUGAAACCGUUGUGCGACAAUCUGCCAAACGAAAACGUUGUACUGUCGUGUCCGGUGCGACGCAUUCACUGGAAGCGAAAAGCGGCCCUACGAGCUGCCAGUAGCGGUGCGGCAGCGAGCGGUGCUAGUGAUACGAUUCUGGAAGAGGACGAAGAUGAUGGUAACGAGUCGGACGAUUCCGAUCGUACCGUUACGGAGGUACCGAUUGGAGGCGAUGCGCAAGGCACCGCAGACGAGCAGAAAGCAACUGCAGCGACAAAAAUCCUCAAAACAUCGACCGCAAACGUGGUGGUGGAGUGUGAAAAUGGGGCCGUUUAUGAGGCGGAUCAUGUGAUUUGUACCCUCCCGUUGGGAGUGCUUAAGGAGCAAAGCGAAACGCUGUUCGUGCCAGCGUUGCCGCAGUACAAGAUCGAAUCGAUCGACAGUUUGCUGUUUGGCACGGUGGACAAAAUAUUUCUCGAGUACGAUCGUCCGUUUUUGAACGCGACCAUCAGUGAAAUUAUGCUACUGUGGGACGGACAGGAUGGCAGCGAUGGGGAGGCGCCCGAUGAAACGCAGGAACCGGACGGACAGUGGUUGAAGGACAAUUGGUACAAAAAGAUAUACUCCUUCUCGAAGGUGUCCGAUACGCUGCUGCUCGGUUGGAUAUCGGGCCGGGAAGCGGAAUACAUGGAGACGCUAUCGCACGAAAUCGUUGCGGAACGUUGCACAGAAAUAUUGCGCCAGUUCCUGAAGGACCCGUUCGUACCGAAACCGAAACGGUGCGUAUGUACCAGCUGGCGCAAGCAACCGUUCAGUCGUGGUUCGUACACGGCCAUUGCCGUUGGUGCCUCGCAGGACGAUAUCGACAACAUUGCCCAGCCGCUCUACUCGAGUCCUCAUCAGUCGAAGCCCUCGGUACUGUUCGCCGGUGAGCAUACGCAUGCGAAUUUCUACUCGACGGUGCACGGUGCCUAUCUGAGCGGUCGAACCGCGGCCCAGAUCCUGCUGACACCCGACUCUCCGCAGGAGAUUGUGAUGGAAUCGGACAGCAGCGAUCUCAGCUCGUGGAUUCAGGGCAUAGCGCUAGAUUAGUUUGUAUGGCCACGCGCAUUCCCCACCGGCAAUUAGCUUCCUUCGCCGUUCCUUCAGCCCUCACUUUCGUUACCGUCUAUUCUGUUCCUUUUCCCCCGACUGACUGUCUUCCCUGUGCUUCAUUUUUAACUUUCUGACGUGGAAAAAACGUAACAGUGACUGAAAAGUAUCGCUAACGACAGUCCUUACUACUUAAACCGUUUGCGCUAAGAUUGCGAGCGUAAGCAAAACUUACCAAAAAAGCGUAAUGCGGGCUCGAUUAGGAUUACGUUUAAUUAUUAUUUACCUAGGUGCAUUUGAUUUCCAGUUCCAGGCAAACAUGCAAAAAGGGCGAACCGUUAUCAUGACAAUUUCCAACACGCUUUGAGCGAACGCACGUACCCUAGCGCACACUUACUGAUGGAAAAAAGCGGGAAAAGUCAACCCUAUUGCUAGUUUAUUAGUUAAGCAAUAAGUGAUAAAGUAUUGUAAAGGAACGGAACGAAAUCGGGCCAGAAAAGGAAGGAAAUCACGGUCUGCAUGCGGUCAGAGACGUGGUGACCUACCACGUAUGUCUUUUGUUAGUAUUUAUUCAACGCAAAGCUAAAUAGCAGACGGCAUAGCUUCUGCCAUGUGGGUAGUUGUUAUCAGUUUAUUUUGGUUUGUUAUUACUGAUUCUAGUCUUCGGAAGCGAAGAUUCGCUUGUGGCAAUAUUAUUGUGCAUUUCCUUCCGCCAGUAUCAGCGCAGAAACUGCAAAUGCAAUCCAGUUAACCAGUUAGGCGAGGGUAAUUUUAUGUUUGUCCCUGUUCUGUUAUACCUGCUUCCUCACAAACACAACAGAGAGACCUCUCGUAUUAGACAAUGUAAAGUAGACACCCCUAAGUCCGCUUAAGCAAUCGAUAAAUGUUUGGUAGGCUGCAUUUAAGUUAAUAGUGCUUUUGUAGAUUAAGUUACUACCGCUGUUACGUAGACUCUAUGAGUGAUUUCAUCGCUUGAUUUCCUUAACGUGAAAGAGGAAUCAACGUAGGUGGCAAACGGUAGACGAAGAAUAGGAACAACCACGGACACAAGGAAGCUUGCGAGAACGUGAUAGACACCGACUAGGACUAAGCGAGUAUGCAACGUGUUCGAAGGGUUGGGGCGAGACAAGCGACAUCAGAACAAAAAGUAUUUUGCUACAAACAAAAAUGAAAAGAAAAACGAUAUGUUUUGCUGCAACCGAAAGAUGGCAUAAUAAAACCACAAAUGAAUUGUUGAAAACAUUGC